UUCUGUGACCAUUUUAAAAGCAAGUUUCCUGGGACCUAGACAGAAAGAAAGAAGCCCAAAGAAGGAAAAUAAAGGGCUAUGAUUUCCUUGUCCUGUUGCUUAGUCUCUGGCUCCCUCUGCCUCUGGAAGAGUAGCCACAAGACACAAAGAUGCCCAGCUGGUCACUGCACGCCCAAGUUCAGUUUAGCUGGUGCUUCUCUCCUAUUUAGCCCUACAGCUUUCUCUGAAGAGGAGGACUCGCAACCCGACAGCCUUUCAGUUUAACCUGAAGAGUGUGUGCCGCCUCUCUCUACCCAUCCCAAGAACUCGCUGGAGGUGGAGGAGAGGGGAGAAACAGGAGAUCUUGAGAGUGCCCGAGGAGCUCCCGACGCUAAAAGGAGACAAACAUUCCCGUAGACAACGCAGAAAGGACAAAGCUGCCCGAUUUAUUGCUGGUUUCCGUAUUAUUAUUUUAAUUUUUUUUUCUUUCUCCCUUUCCUUUGGCGCGCACCUCGCCAAAGCGUUCGGAAAUCUUCGGAAACACAAAAAAAAACAACAAGACGCCAACCCCGAAGCCCUAACCCCUCGGGUAGCUCUUAUGGGAAUGAAACACUCCUCCCGCUGCCUGCUCCUGAGGAGGAAAAUGGCUGAGAACGCCGCCGACAGCACCGAGGUUUGCCCUAUCCCAUCCCAGCCUCCUCAGCCUACUGUUGUUCCAAAACCAGUUCAAUCUGUCAUACAUGUCCCAUUGCAAUCAAGCUGCCCAGGCCGAGGUAAGAUGGCAAAGCUCAUCAAUCCAGAAGAGAUGACAUCCAGGGAUUAUUACUUUGAUUCCUAUGCUCACUUUGGAAUUCAUGAGGAAAUGUUGAAGGAUGAAGUACGGACAUUAACUUAUAGAAACUCCAUGUAUCACAAUAAACAUGUUUUUAAAGAUAAGAUAGUCCUUGAUGUUGGAAGUGGCACAGGAAUCCUCUCCAUGUUUGCUGCAAAGGCAGGAGCCAAGAAGGUAUAUGGGAUCGAAUGCUCAAGUAUAUCUGACUACUCAGAAAAAAUUAUCAAGGCCAACCACCUGGACAACAUCAUCACAAUAUUUAAAGGUAAAGUGGAAGAAGUUGAGUUACCAGUGGACAAAGUAGACAUCAUCAUCAGCGAGUGGAUGGGUUACUGUCUGUUCUAUGAGUCAAUGUUAAAUACAGUCAUCUUCGCACGAGACAAGUGGCUGAAACCUGGAGGGCUAAUGUUUCCAGACCGAGCUGCUUUGUACGUGGUAGCAAUUGAAGACAGACAGUACAAGGACUUCAAAAUACACUGGUGGGAGAAUGUGUACGGCUUUGACAUGACCUGUAUUAGGGAUGUUGCCAUGAAGGAGCCUUUGGUGGACAUAGUAGAUCCAAAGCAAGUGGUGACCAAUGCCUGUUUAAUAAAGGAAGUAGAUAUUUAUACAGUGAAGACUGAAGAAUUGGCAUUUACUUCUGCAUUCUGCCUCCAAGUUCAGCGUAAUGAUUACAUUCAUGCCUUGGUGACCUAUUUUAAUAUUGAAUUUACAAAGUGCCACAAGAAGAUGGGAUUUUCUACAGCACCUGAUGCUCCCUAUACUCACUGGAAGCAAACUGUAUUCUACUUAGAGGACUAUUUAACUGUGAGACGAGGAGAAGAAAUCUAUGGGACUAUAUCCAUGAAACCAAAUGCAAAAAAUGUGCGUGACCUGGACUUCACAGUAGAAUUGGAUUUUAAAGGACAGCUAUGUGAAAUGUCAGUAUCUAACGACUACAAAAUGCGCUAGCAAGAAACCUCUCAGGAAGAUGAAAAGGAGAAUUUUGUCAAGUCCUGAACAGCUGAACUUCAAGCUAGGAACAACGGUUGACAAGAUUAUUAUAUUAAACAUUAGAAUGUUUACUUUGAUGGAAAGCAGUAAACUAAUCUUUCUUGCAGAUCGUAUAGGGGGCUGGGUUCCCACCAUGAAUGUACAGUAUGCAGAACUGCAGCUUUUGUCUAACAUAUAGGAAAAAUAAGCCAACAGUCUUGAGUGUUCUGGUUA